GACAGAAGCAUAGAGUUGGAGACAGACAGAGAAAGUGUGUGUGUGUGUGUGUGUGUGUGUGUGUGUGUGCAGACCAGUGGGAUGGCCACAGACUGACUAACUGGUUCAUUUCUCUGCUUCUCUCUGUGUGAGCUGGACCUAUCACUUCUCCUGACCACUGGAAUAUACACCGAGUGAUCAGUUCUCUACCUGGAUUUGCUCUGAGAUCCACACCUGUGCAUUGUGUGUGUGUGGGCGAGUGUGUGUGUGUGUAUGCGUGUGAGUGGGGGCGUCUCACGGCAGAGGAUGCGGGCCUGGCAUGUGGGGUGGCGCUGGCGGGCGAGAGUGUGAGCGCUCGGCUACGCUGCCCGCGGAUGCCACGCACAGGCCGGGGGAUGAGGCUGGCGACGGGCACUGCCACGCUGCUGCUGCUGCUGGGGUGUGCUGCCCUGACCACAGCGCAGCAGUGCUGGAAAGGACGGGCAUGGGCCAGGGGCAACUGGAGCUGCAUCGGUCCGGAACCAUUCCUCAUCUUUGGAUAUGGGAACGCAAUAUUUCGCAUGGACCUGGAUGGGCUGGACCAGAAGCGUGUGGUAGCCAGAGCUGGAACGUUAGUGCACCUGGAUUUCCACCUGCCUUCCGGAAUGGUGUACUGGGCCAAUGGACGAACUGGCAUCAUCAGCAGAGCUGCCAUGGAUGGGACAAAGAGACAAAAGCUUCUUGUUGCAGAGAAAGGCAUAUCAGGCUUGGCGGUGGACUGGAUUCACAAUGUUCUCCUGUGGACCAAUCAGGAGACUGGAACCAUUCACAUGGCCAGCCUAGAUGGCAAAGACGAGCGGACCCUUCUAAGACAGCUGUCCCUGCCCAGCAGCAUAGUUACGGACCCAAAUGAGCGAUUUAUAUUUUGGCUGUCAGAUGGAGUGACACCAAGCAUCCAGCGCACGGACGCGAACGGGGAGACGGGCACAACGGUUCUGAAGAUCCCAGACCGACUGGAGACGCUGAGCAUAGAUUACUCGGACCGAAGGCUGUUCUGGAUCCAGCAGGGCUUAGAGAACCACAGGGCCAUCGGGUCAUGUGACUACAAUGGAAAUGUCAUCAAUGUCUUCAACCAGGCCUUACAAUCGAAGACUCUCAGGAUGUCUGUGUUCCUGGACUAUGUGUACAUCACAGAAUCAACAUCACAACAUAUCAUAAGACUGGACAAGUACACAGGGGGUGCUCCAGAGACAGUUAACUCCAAACACCUGUUGCACCCCCCUGGAGAUAUCCGAGUGGUACAUCCCCUCCAACAACCAGUGGUGGAGAAUAAGGUUUACCCCUCUCCAGGGUGUGAUGAGCGUGCAGGGAGCUGUGUGAGGGUGUGCUCUGGCCACGGGCACACGGGACAGUGCCAGUGCAGAGAUGGCUUCGCCCUCAGUAAACAUGGCAACAUCUGCGAAGAUGUAAAUGAGUGCGCCCUCUGGAACCACGGAUGCUCCCUAGGCUGUGAGAACGUUCCAGGCUCCUACUUCUGCACCUGUCCCCAUGGAUACCUCCUGCUACCCGACCUGAAGACUUGUCACGAGCGGACGCCGUGUGUGGAGAACGCUACACUGUGUGAGUACGACUGUGUACACACACAGAAGGGAGAUGUGUGUGUAUGCGCAGAGGGGUCUCUCCUGCAGCCCGAUGGACACUCCUGUUCAGGAUGCACUACUGCUGACAGAGGUGGGUGUAGUCAGGUGUGUGUGCCUCUCGGAGCAGGCCGCUGGGAGUGUGAGUGCGCACCUGGAUACAAGCUGCAGCCAGACGGGAGACGCUGCACUGCCACAGGUCCUUCUCCUUACCUGCUCUUCGCUAACCUGGUGGACAUCCAACAGCUGAAGACAGACGGAACCGAAUCUAGGAAGGUCGUAGAAGAACCCGGAGGAACCAUCAUUGCCCUGGACUAUGACCCUGUAGAGAGCAAGGUGUAUUUCUCCAGCAUGGCCCAGGGUCAGAUAGAGAGGGCAGAUCUGACCGGCGGUGCCCGAGAGGUAGUGGUGUCUUCUGGGGUGGACUCCGCCGAGGGGCUGGCCGUGGACUGGAUGAACCGCAAGCUCUACUGGACCGACAGAGGGGGUCCCAGCAUCUCCCGCUGUGGCCUGAACGGCCAGCACAGAGAGGUGCUCAUAGACACGGACAUCUACAAGCCCCGGGGCAUCACUGUCCACCCCAAAGCCCAGAAGCUGUUCUGGACAGACUUGGGCGGCCGUCCCUCUGUGGUGGCGUCGAGGCUGGACGGCGGUGGCCGUGUGCUGAUCGCUCGUGAGGGUCUGCUGACCCCAAGCGGCCUGGCGCUAGACCAGCAUGCCGAGCGGCUCUACUGGUGCGACCUGCAGAGAGGAGCCAUAGAGUCAGCUGAUCUGGACGGGGCCAACCGACACACACUGACCCAGACGCAAGUAGGUCACCCCUUCAGCCUGGCCGUGUUCGAGGACUCCGUCUGGGUGUCAGACUGGCAGGGGAACCAGCUCCUCCAGCUACAGAAGACUUGGGGGGCACAUACACCUCAGCGCCUUGAUGCCAACAUCGUCCGGCCGGCAGGACUAGUCAUCAUACACCCCUUGGCCAAGCCUGGGGCGGAUAUGUGUCUCCACCAGAAUGGGGGUUGCACCCAGUUGUGUGAUAGCAGGCUUGGAUUGGCUCACUGCUCUUGUCACUCACAGUAUAUCCAAUCAGCUGAUGGCAAGGGCUGUGUGCCAGCUAGUGAAUCUGCCACAAGGACUGAGUCUGGGGAUGGGGAGUCCAGUGCACAGUCCCAGAGAAAGGCUCUGAAUGACGAAGGCUUUCCACUACCUUUACCUAACCUGCCAGAGCCCACACUCAUCACUGAGAAGAUGGUAUCAGACCAGGAUGACUGCUUCUCUCUGAGGUGUGAUGUGAAUGCUCAGUGCAUUCCUGAGGAGGGAAAUGUGGCCUGCCGCUGUCUGCCAGGCUUCACUGGAAAUGGACAGCUCUGUGUAGACAUCGAUGAGUGCACUGUGGGACUGGCAGAGUGUGUGAGUCCUCUCUCAGAGUGUGUGAACACAGCAGGUGGUCACUUCUGCAGAUGCAGCGCUGGCUUCAGUGGGGAUGGACACCACUGCACAGAUAUUGAUGAGUGUAGGCUGGAGUUGCAUGGUUGCCAUGAGCAUGCAGAAUGUGGGAACACAGUAGGGAAAUACACCUGCAUCUGCAGAACAGGAUACACUGGCACAGGGUUCACAUGCACAGAGCUGAAGCCCCCCCCCUCCUUGUUGACCACAGUAAGCCCGGUCACUGUGACAACAGCUGGCAAGAAGGAGUUCUGUCCAGCUACUCAUGACUCCUACUGCAUGUAUGAGGGAGUGUGCUUCUACUUGCCUGAGAUGGAGUCCUACGCCUGCAACUGUGUGUCCGGCUACAUGGGCGAGCGCUGCCAGUUCAGUGACCUGGAGUGGUGGGAGCAUCAGCAGGCCGAGCAGGAGAAGAGGAGGAACGUGGCCAUCGCUGCCUGCCUGGUGCUGCUCAUCGCACUACUCGCCACAGCCGCCAUCCUCACAUACUACUACGGGUCCAGGAGACUGAAGAGGAGAGAGCAUCCAUCAGUGGACAACAUGAGUGAGAGCAGCACCAGUGAGGGCAGCAUCACAGAGACCAUCACAGCAGGAACCCCACGGUUUUAUGUGGUCUUGGAGCAUGGAGCGUGUGUAGAUGGGAAGAUCGUCCAUGUUGUGGGCUGCCAGAGAAGACCGGUGUGUCCGUCCUGCUCCUCUGACACGGGUGACAGCAUGGUGUCAGACGAGGCUGGUGUUGGGGUGUCCCCCUCGGAACAGCGGAGGUUUGGGACAGGCUGUGCCCCUUCUCCGGUGGACGCCAGCAAGUCAGGGGUCACCAGGAGUCCCCUAGAUAACCUCAUCCUGCUGGACGAGCCGAGACCGCCCAGCCCCUGCCUUCUGUGAAGACGCAGCCUGCUCCUCAGACACCGCCGCCAUGCAGAUCUACUAAUGGAGGAAAUGACACAUGAAAGAGGAACAGAGGAGAGACAUGUAUGGACCAAAAAUAAGAGAAACGCAUAUAUAUAUUGUAGAUCUUGUUUGUAUUCCUUCUGCGUUGAGAAUGAGCUGAGCGCUCUGUGAGUGGUCCACCCCGUGAAGAUGCUGAGGGUCCCCAGAGGUGAUGCUGGAGUCUGGCUACUGGCCUGUGUCCAGUCAUCUCAGGGGAGGUGUGUCUGUGUAUGUAUGUUUGUGUGUGUGCUUUUGUCUGUGUGUGUGUAUGUGUGUGUGUGUGUGUGCGUG